UCUCUUCUUCUCCUUCUCUCUGCCUCGUCACUGACGGUUCCCUUGUUUUCGCAUGUUUUCUUUCCCUGGCAACUUGCAAAACUAUAAAUUAAUCACAAUCCAAAAUACGCUUCUAGGGUUUUCGCUUUCUCUUCUAAAAGCCCUAGUCCAAAUCCUUGCUCCUACAGUUUACAUACAUUAAUAUAAAAAGAUCUAUCAAGGUAAGCUUCUCAGAACUCUUUGAACCCGAAACGAGAAGUAAUAAAAAUCCUCUCCAACGGAAAAUUGAUUAAUUGGGUUUUGUGUUUCUACUGUUAUUAUAAUCAAUGGAUGAUCUUGAAAAAGCAAUACUUAUAAGUUUCGAUGAAUCGGGAACUGUUGAUUCGGCUUUAAAAUCACAAGCAGUUUCUUUUUGUCAGCAAAUUAAGGAAACCCCGAAUAUAUGCAGGAUAUGUGUUGAGAAAUUGUGUUUUUGCAAUCUUAUUCAAGUUCAGUUUUGGUGUUUACAGACUCUACAUGAGGUUAUUAGUGCAAAGUAUGCUCUUUUAAGUUUAGAAGAGAAGGAUUUUGUUAGGAAAUCAGUUUUUUCUAUGUGUUGUUUUGAUGUGAUGGAUGACAGUAAUGCUGUUAGGGUUUUAGAGGGUCCUGCAUUUAUAAAGAAUAAACUUGCUCAAGUUUUGGUUACUUUGAUUUAUUUUGAGUAUCCAUCAAUUUGGUCCUCAGUGUUUAUUGAUUUUUUGCCCCGUUUAAGUAAAGGGGCUACAGUUAUAGAUAUGUUUUGCCGGGUUUUGAAUGCACUGGAUGAUGAAUUAAUUAGUUUAGAUUAUCCUCGGACUCCUGAAGAGUUGGGAGUGGCAGGGAGUGUUAAGGAUGCAAUGAGGCAGCAAUGUGUGAGCCAGAUUGUUAGAGCAUGGUAUGACAUUGUCUCUAUGUAUAGGAGUUCUGAUCCAGAGCUCUGUUCAAGUGUGUUAGAUUCGAUGAGGAGGUAUAUUUCAUGGAUUGAUAUUGGAUUGAUUGUGAAUGAUGCUUUUAUUCCGUUGUUAUUUGAGUUGAUACUGGUUGAUGGAGAAUUUGAGCAGCUUCAAGGUGCAGCUGCUGGGUGUCUGUUGGCUGUGGUUUCUAAGAGGAUGGAUCCACAAUCAAAGUUAAGAAUAUUGCACUCUCUUCAAAUCAAUAGGGUAUUUUCCUUGGCAACUGGGGAUAGCGACUCAGAGUUGGUUUCAAAGAUAGCUGCAUUAAUUACUGGGUAUGCUGCGGAGGUUUUGGAAUGCUAUAAACGGGUGACUACAGAAGAUGCCAAGGGGGUUUCACUGGGGCUUUUGGAUGAGGUUUUGCCCUCAGUUUUCUAUGUAAUGCAGAAUUGCGAAGUGGACACUACCUUUAGUAUUGUUCAAUUUCUUUCAGGUUAUGUUGCCACUAUGAAGAGCCUUUCUCCAUUAAGGGAGAAACAAGCACAUUAUGUGGGUCAGAUAUUAGAAGUCAUCCGUACGCAAGUUCACUAUGAUCCUAUGUACAGGAGUAAUCUUGAUCUCUUGGAUAAGAUAGGAAGAGAAGAAGAAGAUAGGAUGGUUGAAUUUAGAAAGGACCUGUUUGUGUUGCUGCGUAGUGUGGGCCGUGUGGCACCAGAGGUUACUCAAAUAUUUAUCAGAAAUUCUUUAGCUAGUGCUGUUUCUUCUUCAUCCGAAAUAAAUGCUGAAGAGGUGGAAGCUGCUCUUUCUCUUUUGUAUGCUCUUGGAGAAUCAUUAAGUGAUGAAGCCAUGAGAACUGGAAAUGGACUUUUGGGUGAAUUAGUGUCAAUGCUCCUUUCAGCAAGGUUUCCUUGCCAUUCUAAUAGGUUAGUUGCUCUUGUGUAUUUGGAGACAAUGACCAGAUAUUUGAAGUUUGUUCAGGAGAAUACACAAUAUAUCCCCAUGGUUCUGGCUGCCUUUCUAGAUGAGAGAGGAAUACACCAUCCAAACAUCCAUGUAAGUCGUAGAGCAAGUUAUUUGUUCAUGAGGGUGGUGAAACUGUUGAAAUCAAAGCUUGUGCCUUUCAUAGAGACAAUCUUACAGAGUCUCCAAGAUACAGUUACUCGGUGUACAAGUAUGGAAUAUACAGCUAAUGAAUUUUCCGGACCUGAAGAUGGUAGCCACAUUUUUGAGGCGAUUGGCUUGUUGAUUGGUAUGGAAGAUGUACCACUGCAAAAACAAGCUGACUAUCUCUCUUCAUUGCUCACGCCUCUAUGUCACCAGGUUGAGAUUUUGCUUAUGAAUGCCAAAGUGCUAAAUUCAGAAGAGUGUCCUGCAAAAAUCAUAAAUAUUCAGCAAAUAAUCAUGGCAAUCAAUGCACUUAGCAAGGGUUUCAGUGAGCGUCUUGUAAAUGCUAGUCGUCCUGCAAUAGGUCUCAUGUUUAAGCAGACUUUGGAUAUUCUUCUACAAAUUCUUGUUGUUUUCCCAAAGGUAGAGCCUCUCCGGAUUAAGGUGACAUCCUUUAUACAUAGGAUGGUGGACACUUUAGGGGCUUCUGUAUUUCCAUACCUGCCAAAGGCAUUGGAGCAAUUGCUUGCGGAAUGUGAGCCAAAGGAAAUGGUUAGUUUUCUUGUACUACUCAAUCAACUUAUUUGCAAAUUCAACACCUCAGUUCGUGACAUAGUGGACGAAGUUUUUCCAGCCGUUGCUGGCAGAAUAUUUAAUGUUAUUCCAAAAGAUGCAUUUCCUUCAGGACCUGGAACCAAUACUGAGGAAAUGCGUGAACUACAAGAACUUCAGAAAACACUGUAUACUUUUCUUCAUGUGAUAGCUACACAUGAUCUGUCUUCAGUCUUCAUUUCACCUCAAAGUAGGGGCUACUUGGAUCCACUGAUGCAAUUACUACUGCGUACAGCUUGUAAUCACAAGGAUAUUCUUGUAAGAAAGGCAUGUGUACAGAUAUUCAUUAGAUUAAUUAAAGAUUGGUGUUCCAAACCUCAUGUUGAAGAAAAGGUGCCUGGUUUUCAAAGUUUCAUAAUUGAGGCCUUUGCAACAAACUGUUGUCUGUAUAGUGUGCUUGACAAAUCCUUUGAGUUCCAAGACGCAAAUACUCUUGUUUUGUUUGGAGAAAUCGUACAGGCACAGAAGGUCAUGUAUGAGAAGUUUGGUAAUGAUUUUCUUGUUCAUUUUGUAUCAAAAGGUCUUCCAUCUACGCAUUGCCCUCAAGAAUUGGCACAGCAGUACUGCCAAAAGUUGCAGGGUAGUGAUUUUAAGGCAUUGAAAUCAUUCUACCAAUCACUCAUUGAAAAUCUAAGGCUCCAACAGAACGGAAGUCUUGUUUUCAGAUAGCAGCACCAAAGAUAAACCAUGUUGCGUUUUUUGCAAAAGCAUGCGAUUGUUACACGGAAAAGUGCUGUGUUCUUUUUGUUUUAUGUGGCAAUCGAGUCAGGUUGAGCCAAGGAUUUCCCGUGUAAAUAUCAUGUUUAAAUGAGGUGUAUAUUGACGGCAACAAGUUUCUUUAUUGCGAAAAAGUUGAUUUGUGAAAGCAGCUACUAUUUUUUUUUUUGGUUUUUCAAAGUAAUUUAUUUAUGUAAUCAAAUAUUCAAUGUAGUGAUGAGGGUAUUUGAUGAAAAUGGCUGGAGUUUUUGUUGGGCCAUAUCUUGGAUAAUAAAAUAUGUAGAAAGCAAAAUACAAGUUUUGUCUCCGAAUUACAUUGUGCUUUUUUCUAUCAUAAUAAUUAUGCUUUUAAGGGCAAUUAAUGUUC